AUGUCUCAAUUGAUAUUAGAUCCCGCAGCAUCUUACUCACUUCACCCAUCCGUACCUAAUAUUCAGUUUCGGCACUUUGCGGCGACAACUUGGAGUAGCACGCAACAAGAAGGCAUGGGCACCUCAUCAGUUUUGAGGGUCGUCAUGAUGAGGCUAUAUGAUCAUUCACCCUUAGAUGCUCUGGACUCAGCCUCGGCAACCGUGGUUCUCCAGCAUUCACUUGUUAACCAGGGCAUGCUCAAGUUGGUAGGCCAGGCCGGCAAAAUGACGAGAUUCUCUGCUACCAAGCAACGCCGUCAGUGCCAGGAAACAUUACGCAGGAACAAAGAUCCAACAUACACAAAAGUAGACAAAAAGAAAGUUGUAUUCAUGUGUAUCUAUAUCGACCCUCAUAGAUCUUUUAUCAUGCCAAACCCAAAAACUCCAAUGCUAUGCAUGUAA